AUGGUCGCCGAAACAAAGCUCUACGAUUCCCUGGGGGUCCAAUCCACUGCCUCUCAAGAUGAGAUUAAGAAGGCUUACAAGAAGCAAGCAUUGAAAUGGCACCCGGAUAAAAAUAAAAAUAGUCCCCAAGCGGCUGAGAAAUUCAAAGAGGUUUCACAAGCCUAUGAAAUUCUUUCCGACCCCGAAAAACGCAAGGUUUACGAUCAAUAUGGCUUGGAAUUCUUGCUUCGUGGCGGCGCAGAAGCUCCUCCCGGAGGCCCCGGUGGGGUCCCCUUCGAAGGAAUGCCCAACGGCUUCCAAGGAUUUGGCGGAAUGCCUGGCGGCGCACGAACCUUCCACUUUACGUCAACUGGCGGACCUAGUGGAUUCAAGUUCAGCGAACCAGAGGAUAUAUUUUCCAGCUUUGCGCGUAGCGAAGGCGCGGAUAUCUUCUCGCUUCUGAAUAGCCUAGGAGGAGGUGGAGGCGGAAUGGGCGGGGGCGGAUUUCGUUCAGCAGGCGGAGGACAGCCCCGAUUUAGAGCGGCGAAUGAAGGGAGACGGCCGCCGACACCGGAAGUCACGACGGUAGAGAAGCAGCUGCCGGUCACGUUGGAAGAUAUUUUUAAGGGCGUGCACAAGAAAAUGAAGAUCAAGCGGAAGACCUUCGAUGAAAGGACCGGAAAGCGGAGCGUUGAGGACAAAAUCCUGGAAUUCGAUAUCAAGCCUGGGUUGAAGGCUGGCAGUAAGAUCAAGUUCAAGGGGGUGGGAGAUCAGGAAGAAGGAGGAACACAGGAUCUCCAUUUUAUUAUUCAAGAGAAAGAGCAUCCCUGGCUGAAGCGUUCUGGAGACGAUCUGGUCACGACGGUCGAGAUUAGCCUCAAAGAUGCUCUCACCGGUUGGAGCCAGACGGUGAACACCAUUGAUGGUAAACAGCUGCGAGUUUCGGGAAGCGGUCCUACGCAGCCCGGAUACGAAGAAGUUUUCCCCCAACAAGGCAUGCCUAAGCCGAAAGAGCCUGGCCAGCGCGGCAACUUCAUCGUUCAGGUCAAAGUCAAAUUUCCCACUAGCUUGACGCCUGCUCAAAAGACGAAACUCAGGGAAAUUCUCUGA